AUGAACAAUAAUAGUAAUAUUUUUAGACCUCCUUCAUGUCAUAAGGUGUAAACUCCCUAGUUUGCCAAAGAAUAGUAACAACCUAAAAAUGCAAAAGGAAAUAAUAGAUAAGUAUUUAGAAUCUAGACAUUUAAAUUAAGUCCAAAUUUCAAGAAUAAUCUAAGUUAAAUGCCUUCAAACUAAGAUACAUUGGAGUAACGAUUAGCCGAUCAAACUUCAGAAAUAAAAUUACUUUAAAAUCAAAUAGCAGAGUUAAAGAAGUAAAAUGAGUUAUUGGAGUAAAGAUUGAGAAAGGCGAAUUCGACUGUUUCUGAUUAUUGGAUAAAAGUUAAAGAUACAUAAACCAAACUUCAACAGGUUUCCAACAAGUUUAGAAGCUGCAGAGACAAGAAGAAGAUGUAUAAGAGAAGAAUAAUAGAUGCUUUGAAUUAUUUUUAUGGUCGAUACACAGAUGCCUAAUAAUAGAAUGCUCCAUUUUUAUAAUUAGAAGAACUGAGAUAAAUAUUACUACAAUUAGGAAUGCAUGAAUCUAUCGUCUAAGAAAUGCAAUAUUUAAAUCAAUAGGCCCAAAAUUAAUAGAAUGUUAAUAUUGACAAUAUGACAUACGAAUAAAUCUUAAAUCUAUAGGAGAGAAUUGGGAAUCAAAAUGUGGGAUUACCGAAGGAAGUUAUUAAACAGAUUCCUAAAAGAGCCAAAGAAGAAAAUGACAACGUUGAUGAAAUUUGCACUAUUUGUUAUGAUCAAAUCUUAACUGGUAAUGUAUAUAGAUAACUUCCAUGCAAUCACAUAUAUCAUUCAAAGUGUAUUAAAGCAUGGCUCUUAAAUCACAAAAAAUGUCCAGUCUGUAAUAUAGAAGUGAUUCUUUGUUCGGAUCAGCACGAUGACCACAAUCACUAACAAACACAAUGA